UAACUGGCCGAUUAACUUAACCGGAAAUUGGUAAAAGUCGCCGUCAAGGCUCCAUUCUUGAAAUAUACGCAUACGCAAAUAAUAUAUGUACAUUAUACAUAUAUCAUACAUACAUUAGCCCGGCUGUAGAUAUCAAGUUGUAUCAAGUUUUACUCCUACAGUAUGUGAGGUUAAGGUAAAGAUGUUUGUGUUGGCGGAAUUAAAGGAUACUGUUAGGAUACCACCAAGUAAUUUUAAGUACAAAUUGAACGAUAUUGUUGCUGAUGAAUUAAACAGAAAACUUGCUAAUAAAGUUUACAAGGAUGUAGGACUCUGUAUUACGCUGCAUGACAUUACGAAGAUCGAAGAGUCGUAUAUUUUCCCAGGAGACGGAGCUUCCCAUACGAAGGUGACAUUUCGAUUUAUUGUAUUUCGUCCAUGGAUGGAAGAAAUAUUAAUAGGGAAGAUUCGAAGUUGUAGUCCCGAAGGUGUACAUGUUACAUUAGGAUUUUUUGAAGAUAUAGUUAUACCACCUCAUAAAUUACAACAUCCAUCACGUUUUGAUCAGAUAGAACAAGCAUGGGUUUGGAUAUAUAAGACUGAAGAUGGAGAAAUGCAUGAU